AAGCAAGCUUUGUUACAUCGUUUACGUAUUUCUAUUGAUUAAAUAUUUAUAAAUUUUCAAGUAUUAAAUACACAACAAAUUAAUGCAGAACCUCAUCAAGGGUUUCUUGUUUGGCUUUGGUUGUGGCAAGGGCACAGGCUCUCCGGCUGCCUCUCCGGCUGCCUCUCCGGCUGCUGCUGCUGCCAAGAACACAGGCAAUUCUGGCAAGAGACUCCAGAAGAAGAAGAAGAAACCAUGCGACGAUGGCAUCAUUGACAUGGACAAAUGCUUCGAGGUGGGCUAUAAAUCUGUGCAACGGGCGACAAAAGAGUUAAUGCAGGCUCUUGACAAGAAGAAGUUGCCGGCUCACGAUUUUGACCUGUACACCAGAUGGAACACUCGGAUAGAGGAUAUGCUGGUGAUCGACAUCUCGGAGCACUAUCCCAAGCAUAAAUUUAUUACCAGAAAUAAGCACCGAAAACGAACAGAAACUAGCUUAACGGAUGAUCCCACCUGGUUUAUAGAUCCUAUACACGGGACUAUUAAUUUUAUGCAUGGCUUUCCAUAUGCCGUCAUCAACUUGGCCUUCUGGGUGUCCAAGCAGCCAAGGUUUGGCAUCAUUUGGAAUCCGCUUCUGGAUCAAUGUUAUACUGCCCGAACUGGCUUUGGAUCCUACAUGAAUGUGAAUCCCCUGCGAGUCAGUAAACAUACUGAAUUAUCCGAUGCCCUGAUCAUGCAUGAGUUGGGCACAAAUGAGAGUUUCAGCGCUGACCAGCUCAGAUAUAUUAGGAAUAUCACAAAUAAUGCACAUGGACUUCGAAGCCUCGGUUGCACUGCGUUGAAUAUGUGCAUGGUGGCCCAGGGAUUUGCAGAUGCCUACUUGGACUUCAACUGCACUUCCUGGGAUAUGUCCGCGGCCACACUGUUGGUUAAGGAGGCGGGAGGCGUGGUCUUGGAUCCCUCGUUGCAGCCAUUUGAUAUAAUGUCCCGUAGAGUUUUAUGCGCCUCCACGCGGGAGUUGGCAGAGGAACUAUCAGCGCUUCUUCCCUCGAAUAUCAAUAAUAAAAAGACGAAAAAUAUAUCGGAGUCCUCUGCUAGGACUAACAAAGUCUCAGAUAAGCCCCAAAAAGACGAGUCCGAUUCAAAAAUCAGAUUGACAAUUGACAAAGAUCCGUCCAAUUCGGCAAAUAAAACGUCUAAGAUUGACAAAUGUAGCGAGGAAGAAGACGGAUCUUCUAAUGAUAAUACAAUGGUGCGCAGGGUAUUAUGCGCAUAUACACAGAAGCUGGCGGAGGAUUUAUCAUCACAACCCAGCCAUUUAUACAAUAGAACUAGUAUAUCUUCUAAAGAGACAGUUACGGAUACACAACGAGAAGACCGAACCCUUCAAAAAAUCGGAGCUGACAUGCCCAAGAAAUCCAAGAACCCAUCAAGGCAAAGUAGUUCAAAGGACGAGUUAAUUAAACCUACUAAAAAAGUUUUAGUUGCACCCAACGACUCAUCUUCGCGGAUUGAUCCCACCUUACCACCCUCUAUGAAAUUUUCGGGAUAUCCCAAAAAAAUUGAGAAAACUAGAAAAAAUUCGGUUAGUAAGUAUCCCUCAGAUCCAAAUUUUCCGGGCCAAGGUUCUCUGUUCUAGAAGGCGUUGUAUAUGUUUGUGAAUAUUAUUGAAAUAUGUAAAUUUUAGCAAAUUUCACGAAUAAACUAUAGCUUUUAAAAUA